CGUUAUAUUAUUAUCAUUAUUAUUAUUAAUAUUAUUAUGUUCUCAUCGACGAUUAAAUACCGUGACGACACGUCACAGUAUUUACACAUGUAUAUAUAUAUAUUAUUUAUACUUCUGACGAGUCUCAUAAUAUUAUCCGUUGCAAUAUUUUAUAUAAUUGGAAGAAAUGAACGGAACCCCGGCGUGUCUCCCGACGCCGACGAACGGCCAACGAGUGACAGUCGAAAUCCCCGACGGAUUGCCGGCCCUAAUGAUGAUCGUCGCUCGAGAGGUGAUGCGUCAUUUUCCCGAAGACGAAUGCGCGGCGUACUCAAUCGUAGCCAAUUAUUUGGAAGAAAUGAUCAAAGAGAAUAAUGAAAAAGAGGUAUCGUGCAUGGACGAAGAAAUUACUCCAGAAAUGAUUACUCAAAACGUGAUCAAAACCGUUGAAAACUACGGCGUUACACCCGAAUCGGCUAACGACGCUGCGAUUAUAAUACAAAGGGCUUGGAGGAAAUACAAUAAAUCGGUUUCGAAAAUAAAAUCCGAUUCUUUGGGAACGGGAGAUCACGACUUAUCCAAGGAAAUUUGGAUGGACAGUUACGAGGAAAUUAAUUAUGAAAACGAUUCCGACGACAUGGAACGUGUGAAUGUAGUGAGAAAAGGUCAGAGAGACUAUGUGCCACCGAUUCCAGAUUUCAUUGACGAUCUAUACUCGUUGAAAGAUGAAGACAAUUUAGACGGCCAGCCAAAGGAAGCUCUUUAUGAAGACGAAGAAUACAACUACAAAUCCAUAGACAACGAAUUGAGCCGUGAAAAGAUUGAUCAAAGCGUGAUAAAAACGGAGGAAAAACAUGUGUCUUCAAUACAACCUCAUUCUUUGGAAAUGGGAGACCGCAUCUCCUCUAAAGAAACUCUGAUGGAAAAUUACGAGGAGAUGAAUUACGAAAACGAUUCUGACGACAUGGAACGUGUGAACGUAGUGAGAAAAGGCCAGAGAGACUAUGUGCCACCGAUUCCAGAUUUUAUCGACGAUGUAAACUCGUUGAAGUACGAAUAAAAUAUAAACGGUCGGCCAAGGGAAACUUCUUAUCAAGACGAAUAAUAUAAUACUUCAAUAAUUUGUAGAUGUAAAGCUGUACACA